GCCGCCGCCGUCGUCGUUGUCACCGCCGCUGCCGACGUCGUCGCCCCGUCGUUAUCGUUUUUGUGGUGGUGCGAACGGGUAACAACAAUAACAAUAAAACCGGUGUCGCAUCUAAACGAGCCGUAGCCUAGUGCUGGCCUCCGCCCCGCCGCCACCGCCGCCGCAGCAGCAGCAGCCGCCCUCCCGCCGGAAAGCCACAAAAAUAGGCUGGCCUAAUGUUAUGGGGUGUUUUGGAAGCGCCGCGGCCAAGACGGACCACGACGAUGCGAAAAAGGGCAAGGAGACGAACAAAAAGAUAAACCAGCAGCUGCAAAAGGACAAACAGGUGUACAGAGCCACUCACAGAUUACUGUUGUUGGGUGAGUCGAGAUACUUAUUUUUGUCGAUUUAAUUUUUCCGUUUCCCCGUUGUUGUUGUCGUGCACGCCUUUAACCCGGGGCCCGCGAAUGUAUCGACGCCGCGCCCCCUUGUUUUUUUUAUAAUUUUCGAUAGGUAAACCAAAAGGUUGGCAAAAACUCGUAGUAAAACUUCCAAAUACGCAUCAUAGUUAAUAAUACCCGUGCAUAGUGCAUACGGAUUGCUGCUUUACCCAUCAAAACUUAUUCUUCAAACGUUUUUCAUUGUCGAUUGUCGUCUGUCGAUAAUACUCUGUUGUAGUUUGAUAACACGGUUCUUUAUCUAUAGCCUCUUCGAUUGUCUAUGUCAAUCCUCGUUCUUCAUAUUUUCCGAGUUUUCUUAUGUUUCUGCCUUAUACUGUACACACGGUAGACGAUAUUUUAAUAUUGUGACGUUAUCAUAAUAUGAUUUUUACACUGAUAUAUCUGGUAAAUUCACAAAACUAUAUUUUGUAUAUGUUUUCAUACCAAUGCAAGUUGAAUUUAUUUACUGUAUAGAAGGACACUUAUCAAGCGUUUUCAAGUUAAACUAGUUCCUAUGUUUGUAAAAUCAUUCUGCUUAAUAUACCUUUUAUGUUUUACGAUAAUAUAUAGAAUUGUAUUCAUACAUAAUAAUGUUAUGAUCAAUUAAUAUUGUACUGAGGCACCUACCUGUAUUUGGAUAAAGUUUUGAAUGAUUUUUAUAAAACCGCUGAAAAUUUUGUCUAUAAAUUUAAUGAUCUACCUAAUCUUUGAACCAUCAAGGAUAAUAUGGUCAAUAUUUUAUCAAAUUUACAUCAUAAUUACCUACUACUAAGUAUUACUAGGUAUACAUGUCCAUUUAUACUUAUAUUUAUUAAUAUUUGAUUUGCAAUCCUGUGCAAUUAGUGUCCUUGAAAAUAAAAGAUGCAAUUAUAAAUAGUCAUCUUAACUUGUCAUAUUUGCAUGUAUCAAUUGUCCAUAGACCUAUUUUUUAUUGUUUCCUCUAUUUUUGUAUUAAUUAUUAAUUAUAUUGUUAGGUUCCCGAUUACAAUAUUUACACGUGACAGUAUAACUAUGUUAGUAACCCAAACAUGAUAGUGUUUAAUAUAAUCGAUUAAAAAUAUAAAUUUGAAUACAUGCCAAAUGUUGUGUCUUGGUUAGUUUUAAAUUUAUAUUUUUCUCACAACAUCUACCAGAAAAUAGUACAAUUCUAUGCACAUUUAUAAAAAAAUGUUCUAAGCAUUACAUUACAUUUAUUUUGAUGUCUGCAUUUUUUUUUUCUUACAUCAAAUAUUACUUGCAGCAUACAUAUUCUCAAAAUAUGGGCACUGAGCGUUUAUAACAAAUUAUAAUUAUAUCAAUAUUUAUUCUAUUUAUUCAAACAAGUAUGCAUCUAGUUUUUUUUUUUGUCUUUUGAAAAAUAUAGAUACCUAUCUAGUUGAUAUGCUCGAAAAUAGAGUUUAGGUAUGGUGAACAAUAACAUUAGUUUUAACGAAUUAAAGAAAGAUAGUAAUGCUCAGAAUAGUUAAACAGAUUGUUUAAAUAAAGAGAGUUUCUUUCAAAGUUUUAACACUGAUUCCUAAUUGACGGAAGUAUUAUUGUCGUUUAGACAAUAAUGAGAAUAUGUUGUUUUUAAAAUAUUCUAUUAUUUCAGUAGUGUCACCUACCUUAAUAGUUGAAAAAUGGUAAAUCACAAAAUAAGAUAGUUAAAUGAAACAAUAGUACCCAAGCUUUUUUUUACCGUCAAUAUGUGUCCUUGGUUUACUGUAAAGAUCAAUUUUUAUAUUCACAGAAAUAAAAAUGUUAUAGGAAUAGAUAAAUUAUAAUAAUUAUUCAUUUUAUAGGAGCUGGAGAAUCUGGUAAAAGCACAAUUGUUAAACAAAUGCGAAUAUUGCAUGUAAAUGGAUUUAGUGAAGAGUAUGUAUAUAAUUGAUACAUAAUACUAUUGAUAAGUUCUAUAAUUUUAAAUAAAUACAAAUUAAUUUUAUAGAGAAAAAAGACAAAAAAUUGAAGAUAUUAAGAAAAACAUUAGGGAUGCCAUAUUGGUGAGCUUUUUUUGUCAUUUAAUAGCAAAGUAAUUGAACAUUUAUUAUAUAUAUAAUAAAUAUAUAUAUAUAUAUGUGUGUUCUUGUGUAGACAAUUACAGGUGCCAUGAGCACGCUCACCCCACCAGUACAAUUAGAACAUCCUGAAAAUCAAUUUAGGGUUGAUUAUAUGCAAGAUGUUGCCUCUCAACAUAACUUUGAAUAUACUACUGUAAGUAAUAUUAUAACUAAUAUUUUUUUUUUUUUUAUUGUCAUAACUUGUUUAUUCUAAGGAGUUUUAUGAACACACUGAAUUACUGUGGAAAGAUAGAGGUGUGCAGUCUUGUUUUGAAAGAUCCAAUGAAUACCAACUCAUUGACUGUGCAAAAUAGUAAGUAUUCUGCAACUUAUUUUUUUUCAAAAUGUUAAAUAUAUAUGUUUUAUAUAAAUAAGUAAUUGAAGAAAUCCAUUUGAAUUGAACUUGAAUGUUCAUCACUUGAUUUUUUUUACUGCAAACAGUGUUAGAUUUUUUAUUUUUUAGCUACAAGAUAAAGUUUUUAAAUUUAUAAUAUUUUCUGUUUGGUAAAUUUUUUGUUCAAAUGUUUGUGAGUAAAUUUGACUAACUAAAUUAGGUAUUUGUUUUAUUACUUUCUCAAUAUAUUAUAGUUGUUAUUUGUCAGUUUUGAACUUAUAUUUAUGAUAGUUAUAUGAUUAUAGGUAUUGUUUUGUCUAUAUAAAUUAUGUGAUACAUUUUAUUAUUAUUAUUUUUUUUUUUUUAAUUCUGACUUAUUAUUAAAUAAUUUAUUACAAUUGAUAAUUAAAAAAUUAAAAAAUUAUUGUUUUUAAAAAAAAAAUAUAUGUAUUAAUUAUAAUUAAUUAUAUAUAUAUAUAUGGUGUAUAUUUAUCAAUUGUUAAUAAAUUUGUGUUAUAAAUCAAAUAUUUUAAAAAAAUAAUUUUAAUUCUUAAUAAUAUUAAAUAAUACUUAUAUAUUUUGGAAUAAAAUUAAUUUCCAUUUACACCAUAUUUGGUAAUUUUAUAACUUCAUUUAUUACUUUUUAUUUUAGUUUCCUCGAUCAAGUGCAUAUUAUCAAGCAACCAAAUUAUACGCCUUCAGAACAAGUAAUUCAUUUUAUCUUCACUUUAUCAAUAUUAAUACAAAUACUAUACCUAUUAAUAAUUUAAAUUCGUUAUCAUAUUUAUGUAUACAUAAAAUAUAUUGUAUAUCUACAACCAUUUAUAACUUUGUAAAUGAUAUUACUUAAGUAUGUGACCUACUGGAUAAUUUUUAAUUUUAUAUGUAAACUACUAGUUUUAACUAUCAGAUUAAUGUAGGAUGAAUCAAUAUCUAAUUAAUUGGUAUACUCAUCUUAUAAUGAAUCAUUCUAAAACCAAUGUUAAUACUAAAAUUGAUUCAAAUGUAAAGAUAUUUAAAUGCACAUGAUUGAUUAAAAAAUGGUCAUCUUUUAUGCAGAGAUGUUUACAUCAUUGACAUUUAAUUAGAAUGUUACUAGUAAGAGAUAUACCGUGUGUUCCUAAAUUCACAUUUGAUAGCAUCAGCAUUGUCCUUUUUUCUAUCAAAAAUGUCUAAUGACAUUUUCACUACACCAGAGAAAUAUUAUUUCACCAGAGGUUAUUAUUAUACCACGUUAAAAAAGGGAUUUGAGUGGUUUGGUGGAUUUUUUUAUUUGAUAAUAUCUGUGAUAAUUUCAACACAAACAUUUAAAACGAUGGUCUUUUAUUAUUUUAUGGUGUACUCACUGAUGAUAUUACAAAACAAUUAGGAACAUACGAGUUUUAAUUUCUAGUAAAAAAAUGUUUAUAAAUUUUAUAAUUUAAAUUUAGCAAUUUAAGGAUCUUGUUUUUCCGUUUAAAUUAUUAUUCCAAAUAUGUUUUUUAAUUAUAUUUUCUUUGUAUUAUUCAGUCAGUAAUACACAUUCUCAGUAUUUUACAUAAUAUUUGUCAACAUGUGUUAUUAUCAAAUUCAUAUUUUGUAUACAUAUAUUUUACGAAUUUUAUUGUUAAAUAAAUUAUAUAACAAGUAUCAACCAUAAUACCGCCAGUAUAUCUUUCCAGUUUUUCAAAAAAAUAAUAAUAAUAAUAAAAUGUUUUGAUAAGCUAUCAUAAGGUUAUUUACCUUGACUUUAAAAUUUAUCUUAAUUUUUCAAAUAUAUAUUCUUACAUAUACAACUUUGUCUUAUAUACAGUAGAAACCUCUUAAUAUGAACGUUUUGAGACCGAGGUGAAACAUAUCAAUUAUCUGUGUUCCUAAUAAGCGGCUUCUACUGUAUAAAUAUAUUACGAUUUGCACAGUGCCUAAAUAUUCUAUUUAGAAUAAGAGCACACCUGGUGGCAGAUAAAAACAUGUCUGAGUUUGUGCAUGUACAAUAUACAGUGGUAAUUAUUGGGUUGACGAUGUGAGUUCAGGCGACCAGGUUAGCUUGUGUAUGUACAAACCGGUGUACUCUUGAAUAGAGUUAAGGCGUAUUAAGCAAUUUGUACUACUCUUUCCUAUGACUAAUUUGUACAAUGACAUUGUAAAGUCUAGCAGGGCAACCAUAUUGUGCCUUAUUGAUAUAGUCCAGGAACAUAGUCUAUAUAUUAUAUGAUUUAAUUUAACAGAUACACAUGAUAUAAUAUACAAUGAUUUUAUUAUCUUUAAAGAAAAAUAAAUAUUUUAAAUUAUAAUAAUAUAGUUUGUGCAAUUUCAAAUAAUGGUUCUGUAAAUUAUAAAUUUGAUGUGUUAAAGUGAAGUUUAAAUGAUUCAUGUACUUAUUUUUAUUUAUUUAUAUACCUAAUAUAUUAGAAACUGUCAUUUAAUACUUAUUAAUAGAAAUAAAUUGGUUUUGAUUGUCAAUAUGUCGCAUAUUUAAUUAAAAUUAAAUUAAAAGUAUUACAAUAAUUUGUGUACAUAUUAAAAUACUAUUCAAUUUUUAAUCAUUACAUAAAUAUAUAUUUUAAUAUAAUUAUUAUAUUAUUUUUAUAGAGUAUAACAUUUUUUGUUUAAUAUGAUUUCUAGGACAUACUUAGAUGCCGUGUUUUAACUUCCGGUAUAUUUGAAACACGGUUUCAAGUUGAAAAAGUUAAUUUUCAGUAAGUAUUAAUUAUUUUAAAAGUUUGAUUAUUAAAUUAAUAAAAAUAUCUAUUUUCAGUAUGUUUGAUGUGGGAGGCCAAAGAGAUGAAAGGCGUAAGUGGAUACAGUGUUUCAAUGAUGUCACUGCCAUCAUAUUUGUGACUGCUUGUAGUAGUUACAAUAUGGUCCUUAGGGAAGAUCCCACUCAAAAUCGACUCCGUGAGUCAUUAGAUUUGUUCAAAAGCAUUUGGAACAACAGGUUUGUGUAUUUGAUAUUAUUUAUUGAAUUUAUAUUUCAUCUGCCUAUUUAUAUAAGAUGGUUGAGAACGAUAUCAGUGAUAUUGUUUCUGAAUAAACAAGACUUGCUAGCCGAGAAAAUCAAGGCUGGUAAAUCUCGGCUAGAAGACUAUUUUGCCGAAUUUACCCGUUACCAAACACCUAUGGAUGCUACUCCAGAUCCAGGAGAAGAUCCUCCAGUUAUUCGCGCCAAAUACUUUAUCCGAGAUGAGUUCCUUGUAUGUUGUAUUAUUAACAAUAUUGAUUAUUUACAUCGUCUGCAUAUUUUACUUAAUUUACAGCGCAUUAGUACUGCCAGUGGCGAAGGUAAACAUUACUGUUAUCCACAUUUCACCUGCGCCGUUGACACUGAGAAUAUUAGACGUGUAUUCAACGACUGUCGGGACAUUAUUCAAAGGAUGCACCUGCGCCAGUACGAGUUGCUAUGAUCUCUCCCUUACCCACUAACAUAUACAUACACAGGUCUCUUAAUUAUUCUGCAACAAUUUUGAGUAAGUAAUUCAGUUAUAAGAUACCACUCACUUGGAUUCUAAAACAUCAUAUUAUUAAAUAUAACUAUCUAUCAUUAUUAUUUAAUUUUUUAUUAAUGUAUUAUUUAUAUUUGAAUAAUUGGAUACCAAACUUUUUUUUUUACUAGAUACCAAUUUUUAUUAAUAUAAUGAUUUUUUUUUUAUAUUUAAUUACUAUUAUAAAGAUAAUUAAUAUAUAUAUAUAUAUAUAUUAAAAUGAUAACAAUUUUAAAACAAAUAAUUAUAAUUGCUCUAUGUAAUAUUUAAGUCAAUAAUUUAUUAUAGUUUAUAACAAAUUAAGGAUGGGCAAAUUUCAAUUCUCAAAAUUAUGAUUUGUAGUAUGUAGGUAAUGAAUUAUUUUUUCAGUCAAUAAAUUAUUUAUUAAGCAUUUAACAUUAUUCCAUGAAAAUUUAAGUUUUAAUAACUUAUUUAAUUUAACAACUUGUGUUAAGUCUUUUAAAUAGUCUUUACAAUUUUAUUGUUAACAUAUUAAUCAAUAUUAUUUUGUUUAAUUUAUAAUUUUUCAUAGAUAAGUGGUACAGAAUUUUAUAUGUAAUGUUAUAAUUGGUAUACAUCAUUCUUAAAAAUAACUAUAUACCAACCUAUCGAAAUUCGUUACAAAAUAGAUGAAUAAAUUCUAUAAAAUAUUUGAUUCCCAGUGCCACACAUUUAUCUUUUAAAAGAAAAUAAAUUAAUUUUUCAAUAAAUGCAUUACAGUUAUGUAACAGAAACAAACAAAUUAUCAAAAAUAAACUAAUUAUGUAAUUUUUCACCAUAUAUCCAUUAUUCCUUCUUAAGGUAGGGUCUGUAAUACAUGACAUGUAGUUGCAACACUUGCAACUGAUGUUCAUUGUCAGUUAACAUAACCAUGUUUUGGACAAUAUGGUCUUGCAAGGCGCGACAUGUAGUAGAAACAACAUUUUUUCAAUCAGCUACCACAAUCAGUAAUAUAUUAUCAAUUCAAUUUUGUGUGUGAGUGUGCAAGUGAAUUUAACUUAAAAUUUUAAGUCCAUUGUGCAGAUAUAUAAUAUUUUAACAUUCCUACUUCAUAUGUAAAAGAUUAGGGUAUUUUGCUAUCUAAUUUGACGCCUGAGGAAAAAGACAUUAUAUUUAAAAAUCAUGACAGGGUUUUUAAAAAAUAAUAUAAUGUAUAAUUAUUUUUUCACCUCUUAUAUUAAAAUAUCAUCAGAUAGAAAAUAAACGGUAUGAUACCGCUUUUCAAAGCAGAGUCAUUGAACUAAAAAUUUACUUACACAUCUGUUUAUAUAGAUUUUAUUAAAAUAGAUAUUGGUCACAAGUCGCAAUGACCAGUUACCCCAACAUGUCGCAUCUAGCAUAAGACUAUCAAAUCUAUCUUUAUUUCAAAUUUCUGUUUUAUAUUAUUUUACUUCAAUUUAUAAUGUAUAUUUUGGCAGCAUAUUUUAUAAAAAAAAAAAUUGUUAAUCAUUUUUUUUUUUUUUUUUUUUUUUUUUUUUUUUUUUUUUUUUUCAAAAAUUAAAAGCCGUUAAAAGAUUUAUUUAAUUUAAUAUAAAAUAAAUAAAUACAAAUUUUACUGUAAAAUGAAAACAAAAAUUAAAAAUAAACCAUCCUUAGUUUUAUUACUCUUAAAAUUGAUAAACUGGUUAAAAUGUUGAAUAGUGUCAAUUAGUUUAUGUAAUUUUAUUUUAAACCUAGUCAAUAAUUUCAGAUUGCGCUCAGUUAUAGUACUCUGAUUUAAUAAUGUUUCAUGUUUAAAAUUGUACAAUUUAUAAUACUACCAUUGAACAUAAUCAAAAUGAGAUGUUGUUAUUGUUAUUAAUAGUAUUUUAAUUAUAUGAUAUUAAACUAAAUCAAUUUGUAUUAUAUUUAUACAUACAUAUAUAUGCAUAAAACUAAAAACCUAUUUAAUGACACAUUUACUUUUUCAAGUACUUUAUGAUAUAUAAUUAACAAAAGUAUUUUAAUAUGUGCAUUAUUUUUAAAAACUAUUGAUUGGGUUGGUUUGUUUAGAUGUUUUUUUUUUUUUAUUAUUUUGAAUGUUGGGUUUUAUAUUUAAUCUAUCAGUGUCUCUGAAUAAAAUGGCAUGUGUUUACAACUAACUAAUAAUGUUGUCAUUUCUAUAUAUCAUAUUUUUAUUUAUUUUUUAUUUUAAUUAAAUUUUGAAUAUAAGCAAUUCAAUAGCACGCCAAUUUAUUAAACAUAUUUUACAUUAAUAUGUUUUAUCUGCCAUACAAAUUAAAAGAUGGAAUUCAAGAAGAGGGUAUAUAUACUUUUAGGAAAUUAAUAAAUGUAUUUUGUCUUAAUUCGAUUUUCAGAAUCACAGAUUAUCAAAACCAAAAAUCAUUUCAACAAACCUAAACUUUUCAGUAGUAUGUAAUUAAGAUUGAUUCCUUGUGGUGAGCAUUCUUUACAAGCAGCCAAAUACGGUUUUAACAAAAAGGAAUACAUAUCUAGAUUUUAGGACCUUCGGAGACGUGUAGGUACCUAUGUUUGCCUAGUCACAACUUUAGAUAAUUUAUUAGCAGAUGUAGUUUAAAAAAAGAAAAUAAGAAAAGAAUGAUUAAAUUUAAACCUAUUAUAGUAUACAAUUUUUAAUUUAAUAUCUGUUUUAUUAUGUUGUUUAAUGUCUGGUACAAUGAAUUAUAUAAAUAUAUUCGCCAGUGAUUUAUUUAUUAUUAUUAUUUAUUUAUUUUUGCUUUUAAAAUUGGUGAUACAUUUUUCUAACACAUAGUAUGUAAAAUUACAUUGUCAAUGGUUAUAUUAUUGUUAAUUAUUAUUUACCAGGUAUAACAAUGUCCUAGCCUAAUGAUUAUAUUAUUUUUAUUAAAAUGAAUAUCUAGUUCAAGUCUAUUUCUACAGUAAUAAUUAUGUCCACAUUCAAUGAUGUAAAUAAUUGUAUUAAUGUAUUUUUAAACUAAAUAAUAUUUGCAACGUUCCAUUACGAAAAAAAUAUCGCACAACCAAAAUUAUAUAUAUAUAUAUACAUAUACAUAAUAUAUAUAUAUAUAUAUAUAUAUAUAUAUAUAUAUAUAUAUAUAUGUAUAAUUUUUAAUAUUACCAUUAUGAAUGUUAUGCCUGUAAAUCCAAUGGUAAAAUUUCCAAAUCUUAUGUAAUUAUGUGUAUAGACAAAUAUAACUAAUUAUAUUAUGUUUGUAAUUUACUAGUUUCAUGAAAAUGAUGUAUUGUUUGUUUCUUGUUAUAAGUCUUAUAUUAAGUUAAUGUAAUUUUUUUUAUUGCCCUGGGAUCUUAUUAUGCAUUUUUUUUAAAAGAACAAAAAAAAAAUGUCAACUUAUUUGAAACACAUUUUUGAGUUAGGAAAAUAAGGUUCCUGGGCUUAAAAUCAAUAAUAAUUGUGUACCAUUAUUUUGUUAAUAUUUUAAUUAUUUUACAUUUUUUUUUUUGUUUGGUGCUGCUUACUUAUACUUCCUUCCCUUCCCCUUCCACCACUAUUAUAAUUAUUAUACAAAAAUUAAAACAAAAAUCAUGUACAAUUUAUAAAUCAAGGUUUUGAAUUUUUAUUUAUUUAAUUUUUGUUAUACCAGUAUUGGUCUUCAGGGGAUCAUAAAUAAAACUGAUUAUUGAAGAAUUUUAUUUGUUAUUAUUUUAAUUUUUUUUUUGCAUAUAGAUUUAGUGUGAAGGUCUGCCAAUAUUUAACAUCAUCAUGCGAGAGAGUCAGUUGAAACAAUUAUUGUAAAAUUAGUCAUUCUUUUUACUAAGAUAUAUUAUAUAUAUUUACACAUAUAUGAUAUAUUAUGUACAUAAUAUACUAUGCAUAAUAAGUAAUAUAUAACCUAACAAAAGAAAAAAAAUGUAAUACAUUAUAAUUAAAUAUUACUACUUUGUUGAGUUUUUUAUACAUAAAAAAUAUGUUUAUUAUACGUAAAAUUAUGUAUUGCUUUUUGUUUAUACCUAUUUUCUUUAUUAUUUGUAACCUAGUUAAAUUGUUUUUUUCUUUUUUUUUUUUAUUAAUAUGUUUAUUUUAUUGUUUCAAUUAUUCGUUGUUUAAAUUAACUUUAGAAGAAAACCCGUUAUAAAAUAGCAGAUUCUGAAAUUUAGGAAAAUUUUGUUAACUAUUUAUUUAUUUAUUUUUUUCAUUCUAUGAUUAAUUUUAUUGUUGAAAUAAUAUUGUACUUUUUAAAUGCGUAUGAGUAAAAACUUUGUACAAACAAACAAAAAUUAGUGCAAUAAAUAUUAUUACAAUGUAUACACAUAUAUAUUUAUAAUAUAUAUAUCCUCAAAAAAUAAUGUCUUCAGUCUUACCACCAUAUUGGAAAACUAUCAAUCAUAAUAGAGAAUGCCAAACCAGUAUUAGAAAGUCUUUAAUAAACUAGUAAUUUUUUUAAUUACUUAAAGAAUCUUUUUGUUUUUUUGAAAUAGCAACACAUCCACUACCUGAAAAUACCGUUAAGUACUACAUCAGGUGGUGUGUCACCAUCAUUUAUUAAGUCUAGCACAUUUUUUUCAAGUUACAUUGUCAAAUGUGUAAAUCCCCUACGAUAAUCCUUUUUAUUAAUAUUUGGUAUAACAGUAUGUAGUAGAAAUUGGUUAACCGACGACUCACCUACUCUGGUCCGCUCUCUUCACCCAUUGGAACUGAGCUACUCCUAGGCGUUGCCUCUCACGCUCAGCUUUCUGUUUAGUGGCCGUUAUGUUUCUCGAGAAAUAAAUCAUCGCACGCCAGUUAUCCAGCAUUUCAAUGGGACUAGUCCACGCGGUUUGAAGGGACGCGGUCUAUCCUGUGUAAGAACUUACAACAAUGACACAAUCGUCAGCUUUAUCAGCUCUAUAUUUUUAUCGAAUUUUUUCAAAAAAAUAUUGAUUAUUGCAAUGUAUAGUGUGCUUUUUUACCCCCUACUACUUUAGGACACUUUUAGCAACUUUCCGAACCAGUUGAGUUCAAACUUAAGAAUUAGAGUUGUUUUUUUAGUGGAUUUAGGUAAUCUAAUUGUGAUUGAAUUUCAAUGUAAUGAAAUGAAAUUUUGUAUAUACAAAGUGUACCUAUGUAGUAUAUACAGUGAAACCUCUAUGUGGACAGACAGCUAUGGAGAAUUAAAAAAUGGUCCACUAUAGGGAAUUGGUUAUACAUACACAUUAAAAUUUUAUAUUAUUUAUUACUUACUAUUUAUUAUUUACACUACUGUAAUAUAUUAUUAUAAU